AUGUACAAUCAAUAUUCCACAUCAUCCGAAGAUUUUCAUAAUUUAAUUCGUUUACGAUUGGUAAAUCGUCAACAACAACGAUAUGUUUCACCGAAAAGAAACCGACGAAGACGUGACAUUAAUGAGAAAUAUUUCACAAAAUAUUAUGAAAAUGAACGAUCUCGACGGAUUUUCAAAGAAAUUUUAUCGUUAUACGAGGACGAACAUUACGAAAAUCAUCGAUAUAAACCAAGAUCUUCUUUCACUGAAUAUUCUCAAACAAACGAUUGUCAAGCGUGUCAAGUAGUUGUGACUUAUCGAAAAGAUUCCAAAUCUCAAUCGACUAAAACUGAUGAAAUUGUUAUCAAACAAAAAAUCAACGAAUAUGAUCGAUCGAUAAUUAUCUACAAAGGUUAUUUACAAAAAAAUGACACUUUUUCCUUCAAAUCUCGACAUGUUCGUGAAUAUCCAUUUGAUAUUAAAUUGUACGUCAAUGGUUAUUUGGAAAUACAUUUCAAAGAUUGUUGUGAAUAUAAAUUCUGUCAAGGCGAAGUUCGAAUUGGACAUUCGUUUACUGUUGAACGUGUUGACAAAGCAAUUUCUUGUCACAGAUGUCGAAGACAAAUGCAGCGUGAAGACAAGAAAAGAAACAAACAAUCGGAUGUGAAGAAAAUUGCAUUGAGUGAAGAAAAUGAAAGUGAGAAUGAUGAACAAACACGUGAAACUAUUGAUGAACGAAUGUUUGAACCAACGAACUUUCAUUCAGCAGAUGAAAUUACAAAUCAUGAUGAAAAUCCAAUCGCACAAAGUCAAUCAAUCGAUAGACAAGAAAAUCAACAACAAAAACCAAAAGAAAAUUCUCAAGAAGAAGAAGAAGCGCAAACAGAAAAUGACAAUAGCGGAAAUAAUCGUGGAUUUCUACAAGCCUUAUUAUCGUUUCUUCGAAAUGGUGUUGUUCGACCGAAUGUUCAACAACCAUUAGCAGAUCGAUAUGAAGGAAAUGUUGAAGAUUUUGUUGUGAUUGUUUUCGGAUUAAAGAUCGAAGAGAAACAACUUCAUCCCAUUGCGAAUUUUGUCAAAAUUUUCAAUGAAAUUGAAGAAAUGAAUUCAUUUGUUGAAACAUUGAAAGUCGAAAGAAUUCUUCUGAUAUCCAAUGAAGAUUUCUCAGGAAAAGCCUCGAAAUUCAGUUCAAUUUAUCAUGAAACUUCUUUGAAUGAAGAUCUUCUCGAACGAAUUCGAAGAGAAAAUUCGAUCGACAAUGAAUUAUUCACAAUGGAAUUAUCUUCAUCAAAUUCUUCGUUCGUUUACUCUUAUUUAUUGAAAGAAACACUUCUACGAAAAGAUGAAGAAGCAAAUUUAAAGAAAGAUUAUUUUGAUUAUUGUCGAUUGCAUUAUAAAGACAAUUUUCAUCAAAUGAAAUUUAUCGAUCAAUUGGAAAAAGAUUCGUCCGUAGAAAAUCUUCAUUUUUGGUUUAAAAAAAAUUCAUUUUUUCGAAAAAUGAUCAAUCGUGCAUGUCGAACAAAUGAAAUCGAUAUUUUAUACAAAAUUCGUUGGAUUUUACAAGGAUUAAAUCGUAAAACUUCUCUUUCAAAACCUGUUUAUCAACUGAAAUAUUUAACUUCGGAACAAUUCGAACAAUUUCAAAAUUCUCCUAAAGAUUUUCUUUCUUUCGCCAAUUUUCUCCUUUGUCAAUCAACAAAACCAUCAACAAUGGAAUUUCGAUCAAAUUAUGAAACAGUUCUUUUUACAAUUCAAUCACAAAAUGGAAUUGAUUUUGGUGAAUCUUCAAAUGAAAUUUUACUUCCAUUUGAUAAUGUUUAUCAAAUCGAAUCGAUUGAACAAAUAUCAUUUAAUGAAAAUAUUUAUUGGAAUAUUCAUUUAAUUUCAAUUAAUAAAGAAGAAAACAAUGAAUUUCGAGAAUUAAUUAAAGAAAUGAAAAGCGAAAUUGAAAGUCCUGUUAAUUUAAUUCAAUUUGGAAAACUUUUAUUAGCAAAUGAUGAUUAUUUACAUACUGAUUAUUUUGCAAGAUUAUUAUUUAAUGAUAAUUCUCUUAAAGAUAAUCCAACAUUAUUAGCUGGUUUAGCUGCAAUUCAUCAUUUACUUGGAAGUAUAGAUAAUCGAAAAAAUAAUCAUCGUGCAGCUCGUCUUCAAUUUCAACAAUCAUUACAAGUCUUCUUAACUUUUAUUCCCGAUGAUCAUCCAAUGUUAUCAGCAACAUAUAAUAAUAUUGGAAGUAUGUUUUAUCAAGAUGAUGAACAUGAACAAGCAAUAAUUUAUCAUCAAAAAGCUUUACAAUGUCAAUUAAAAUCUCCUUCACCUGAUAUUGAAGCAAUUGCGACUUAUUCAGGAAAUAUUGGUGCUGUUUAUCUUGAUGAAAAGAAAUAUGAUCAAGCAUUAAUCAAUUACAAACGUUCACUUCAACUUCUUCUUCAAUCGACACCUUCAGGUGAAUCUUUAUCAAUUGCAAUGAUUUAUGAUCGUUUAGCAUGUAUUUAUUGGAGAAUGGAACAACCAGAAAAUGCUCUUCCAUUUUAUGAAAAAUCAUUACAAUUAGAAUUAAAAUAUUUACCUGAUGAUAAUCAUAAAAUUUCCGUUUCUUAUUUUAAUUUGUCAACUGCUUAUGCAAAAUUAAAUCGAUUAGAUGAAGCAAUAAAUUGUGCAGAAAAAUCGAUUGAACAAUUACUGAAAUCUGUACCAAUUGAUCAUCCAGAAGUCAAAGAAAAUACUGAACAAUUAGAAGCAUUAAGAAGAAAAAAAUGGCUUCAAACACUUUAUUCAUAA